GGCGAGUGUCUGACGGUUGACUGACGGCCGCCGGCACUUGAGCUAUUCAUGCAAGACGAAACAAGACACAUAUUACAAGGAACGCUCUCCGUUCCAAACCAAAUUGGAAGUCUAUUGCUAUGAUACUAAUAGCUUAAACGUGAAAUAUCGACUCUUAACAAACUUAUCUUGUUAAUUGGCGCUCCAUUGACAUUUCCUCGUUCAAUUGAACCAGACAAUCCACCGAGCACGCGACCCCUCCUGACCGAGUCUACCCCUCUAGUUCCCUCCCCCCACCAAAGCCAGAAGAUCAACGCUCGACUCGAUCAAGUUGCACGAGGAGAACGAAAGAAGGAAAACAACUAUAUAAAGCAAUAGAAAAAGGAAAAAUCGCAGAUACAAGGAAAACAAAAAAUGUCCGGCCUCGACUCCCAAGAAAUCAAAGACGCCUACGACGCCGUGCGCUCCGACAAGGACGAGACGAACUGGCUGCUGAUCUCGUACGCGGCGCCCACGGGCCGCGACCUGAAGCUCUCGGGGACGGGCAAAGGGGGACUCUCGGAGCUCGCGGCGCAUCUGGACGACGGCCAGGCGCAAUGGGGGUACGCGCGCGUGGAAUACGCGAACGACACCGAGAGCAAGCGGGUGAAGUUCAUCCUCGUGGUGUGGAUCGGGGCGAGCACGAAAGUGAUGCGGAAGGCGAGGGUGGGGUUCGAGACGGCGGAGGUCAAGAAGGUCCUGAGCCAUCAUAGCAUACAGGUCGAUGCUACGGAUAGAGGAGAUCUGGACGAGAAGGAUGUUGUGCCGAGGUUGAGGAGGGCCGGGGGUGCGGAUUAUAAUGGGGGGAGAGGUUAGGGGGAAGAGGGGAUGGAUGGAUAUUAUUUGGCAUCAUGGGCGCAUAUGGAGCACUUGGCGAUAUGAUCUGUUUGCAUACAGUGGCGGCGAUGGCGUAUAUACAC